CCGCCCCCCUUUCUCUCAAGCUUCGGGCUUUUCUUUCUCUCUCUCUCUCUCUGGAAAGAGGGUUAGAGGCCUCUUCGAAGCGAUCCCGACCCUCGAGCAUUCCCCGAUUCCCCUCGCUCGCGAGCCCGAACGGUCGAUCUGCAGGUCAGAUUUCUCCUCCUUAGUUAAGGAUUAUCGAUUGGAUUGGAUCCGAGUAGUUGGAAACCCUAGGUUUUGGUCGGUAUUAGUUUAGUGAUUUCCCUCAUUUCUUUUAUUUGUUGUUGGAUUUCAGAUUCUUUUAGAUCAUGUAGGGUUUGUUGGAGCAGUUCUGCUACUAUUGUUGGUUUUGUUGAUUAUUCUUUUGUCUCUAUAUCUCUUCGGAUUCGAGAUUCCGGAACAAGAGGCUCGGUGAGAUUUUUGGUUGCUAUUUUUUUGUCUGCCAUCGAAAAUUGAGAGUUUUCUUCGGAGAUUUAGGGUUUUCAAUUUUGAUUGUUGCCAUUUAAAAAAAAAGAAGUCAGUUUUAUAUUAGAAAGCCAAAAAAAGAAAAAAGAAAAAAAUAUUGGAAGAGUGGAGAUUGGCGAUAAUCGCAUAGAUUUGAUAAACCUAGGGUUUGGUCUUUUUCUUUGGUUUUUGGGUGAAUUUGGGGUUGCUUGCAGCGGGGAAUGGCUCUAAAUUCUGCACCCAGCUCCUCCUUCACGAUCCCAACCUAUUCCGAGGAUAAUCAUUGGCCGGACUGCGGGAUCAAUAAUAUUUAUGGGUAUGGAAGGAAUAAUGGAUGGUCUGAUGAUGAUGAUGAUUCUUAUGAUCCGAUCGACCUGUUGCCGGCUGAUCCUUUUGGGAUGGACAACGAUACCUUCUCUGCUGUGAUCGCUGGAAUGUUUGAAGAUUGCGAGCUGGGUGAUCAAGAAUUGUUUGUGGGCUGGGAUUAUGUUUGGAAUAGUUCUUUGGUGGAUUCUUCAGGAUCCCAGUUGAAUUCUGAUGAUGAAUUUGAUGGUUGGGAAGAGGUGAGCUUCUCGGAGUUUUACGAGAAUGAAUCCCCUGGGGAGGAAUUGAUGUCCAACUUGGAUGUUGAAGAAGCUUUCAACUCUGGCACGGUUGAAGUAUCUGACUUUGAUGGAGAGGAGAGGUCUCCUCAUGAGGGUUUUCUUUUUGCUCUUGGUUACUUGGCGGUUCAGGACCUCCUCUCUGUUGAGAUGGUCUGCAGGUCUCUUCGUUUUGCUGUGCAAAAUGAUCCACUACUAUGGAGAUGCAUCCACAUUGAUUCACAGUUGAGCGAGACGAUCACCGAUGUCACUCUACUGCAAUUGACGCAGAGAGCUCAGGGAAAUUUGCAGUGCUUGAGCCUGGUGGCGUGCUCGAGGAUCACAGAUGACGGACUGAGAUGCGUUCUUGAAAGCAACCCAAGGCUCAGUAAGCUUAGCAUUCCUGGAUGUUUGAGGCUUACUGUUGAGGCCCUCAUCAACAACCUGAAGGCUUUGAAGUUGUCAGGUGUAUUGGGUUUAAAGCACCUAGAACUUGGCAGGCUUUUUAAAAUAACAAACAAACACUAUGAAGAGCUGAAGAAAUUAUUAGGUGCAGACCAACUCCAGCAUUCUGAAGUCCGCAGGCCACGGUAUUAUCACAGUGGACAUUCCUUUUUGUCUUGUGAUGAUGGGCCGGCUAUAGAUAUUGAAAUCUGUCCCAUGUGUCAGAAGUUAAAGAUUGUUUAUGAUUGCCCCGCACAAAGCUGCCAAGAAAAAGGGCCUGAGCAGUGUAGGGCUUGUGAUAUUUGCAUUGCUAGGUGCGUACACUGUGGGAGUUGCAUCAAGAACAACAAGUAUGUGGAGACUUUUUGUCUUGAAUAUCUUUGUUCAGCUUGUUGGAAGCAGCCACACUAGCAUCAAGAGAAUGGGGAAGGGAAUGUCCUAUUGAGACUAGACUACAUACCCUCUACAAGUCAUUUGACAUGUUGGCUUGUCUCUCGUUGAAGGAUUUCGCACUAGCGUAGUAGUGCUAGCAUGUCAUUGUGGUGGUAAGAAAUUGCAUUUGGCUUCAAAAGCUACGUUUGUAAAUGAGCCUGCCUCUCUAUCCCACUUAAUCAAGGCUUUCUAUUUUUCAUUAAAAAAAUGAAAAAGAAAAAAGAAAAACAGACUUGUGAGAAUUUAUGAGAGAGUUGAAUGCUCUGAAAAGAGAAAAAAAGGAAGAAAAAAAAAAUUGAAGGGAAGCUGAAUCUGAGCUUGAUUGUGGAUAUUUAGCUUUGGACUUCAAAAUUGCAUGCUGGUAUGUAUGAUUGAAAAUGGAAAGUGGACCUCAGCGGCUGGAUUUGGAUUUGGUCAUGGGGCCAUGGAUUGUUAGCUUGUCACUCCAUUCUCUUUUUCUCGUGGUGGUAUAUCGAGAACAUUAUAAAUAAAUCUUGAUGUAAAAUUCUCAAUACAAACAUCUGUCUAUGCAAAGUUUCGGUGUCUAUCAUAUUAUGGAAAGAUGAUUUGAGACUUCUUGAUUUAUCUUUAUAUUGUUAGUGGUA